AGUACUCCCACUGAAUCUCCUGCCACUCAGACAUCAAGUAACUUGUCUGUCAGCAAAGAAUCUCUUGUAGCUCCAACACCAUCAGUUCCUAUCACACUUCCAGCAGCCCUCAACUCUUCGUCCUAAUCAACCCCCUGUUGCUCCAUUGGGUUCAUUGCCGUUAUCAGGUUCUACCUGUGGAACGGUUCCACCAGUGCAAACAGUAUCGGGAGUUUCAUCAGUACCACCACCAAGUGCACCAGUGUCUUUAAGUAAUGCUAUUCAAGGUCCAAGCCCAAUUCCAUCCAUAAAGAGUCCUGCAACACUCCCGAGCCCAAUCGGGCUUGCAAGUCCUGUAACUCAUCCAAAUACAUCUGCACUUCCUAGCACGCAUCCAAGUCCUACUACAGGAGUUCCAUCUGCACCACAAACACUGUCAAGCCCAUUACCCAGACCAGAUUCACAAACUCCCUCACAUGGCUUUUGCCCCACUCCCACAACUUUCUCUUCUGCAAGCAAACCUCCAACCCCAACAAUACCUGAACCACAGAAAUUAUGGUCUAGUAAUGACUCCCAGUCUCAGAGCCUUAGUUUGGAGGAAGAUGAGUCUCUUGGUGAUAAAGCCUACCAAAGCUGCUGUGUUAUAUGUCAAUGUUCACAAGCCUAAUCUGAAAACAGACUUCCCAGCUGUGGCAGAUAGAGAAAGACAAAUAAAAAGAAUUUGGAAGAAUUUGAAAGAUACUGAACAGAAGAAAGAAGCUGAUUCAGAGAGCUCGGAGAAAACAAGAAGGAAUAUUAUAAAAAUAAACAGUUCCGCACUGGACGAGUCAUCAUUCCUCAGGGCAGCUCUGCACGAGACCCCCCAGGCUCUUCCUCACCGCCCCCUCUCUCUCCCCUGUCUGUGGAGAGUUCUAGUACCCCACAACCUCCUCUCUCACCCCCUUCUGGUACUCAAGGACUCAACUCACCUCUGGUAUCAUCUUGUUCCCUGCAACUGGUGAGCUCAGAGAAUCGCACUUCAUGUGCCUCUGAUGACACUUCAGAGUCAUACAACGUUGUCUCAAGUGCCACCACCAUGAAAGUGGCUGGGGUACAGACUUCCCCGCCUGGAAGUUUCAAUCCCUCAGGCCUAAAUCCUGCAAGGCCUUCCCUCUCCCGCUUGCCUGACCCUCCACGAACCGAGCUCCCGCUAGCCAAUCCCUCCUCUCCCCCUGACCCUGAUCAGCAUAUAAGAGUCCUCACCCCUCUAGAAAUUAUGCGAACUCUGCCUGUUCUGCACCAGGAUGCCUUCCCCAGCCCCACUACCACCACUACCACCUCCGUCACCACUACCACUACCAUCACUACCACCACGGAGCAACAGAGGGCUUUAAAGAGCAAUGAGAAUUUGGAAAGUUCUGGAACCUCUGGCACAAACAGCAGUGGAAAUGAAGGAAACAAUGAACCAAGUCCUGUCACCACCCCUCAUGCAUCUCCUCGCCCUCCCCUUCCAUCUUUAACACCCACACGGCCAAUGGUGAUAACCCAGCGACCUCAGAUGCCUUCAGGAACACCAUCCAGACAAGCUGUGCCUCACAACAUGAUCAGAGGUCCUAUCAAUCACCCACAGGGAGGAUCAAGUGAGACUUAUACAACUCCUGUAGGGACCUCUCUUCCCACCAAGCCAAUGGAUUCAUUCACACAUCCAUCAACUCCUACUCCACAAACAUCUCCACUGCCAUCUCCAACAAGUGACCCUUAUUCACGAAUUCCUCCUUCACCACGGCCUCCUUCAGAUGUAUAUAACUUACCACCUGGCACACCAAGACCUGUUGCUACUGACCCAUUUGCAAUGCCUCCUCCAACUCCUCGUUCAGUUGAUCCAUAUGCAGCUCAACCUCCAACUCCAAGACCAAUGACAUCAGAGCAAUUUACAUGCAGCACACCAACAGAAUCCCCUUAUGUCCAAGCACCACCUACUCCCCGUCCUCAUGAUGAUAUCUAUGGACAGCCUCCAACACCAACCACUCCAGGUGUUCCUGGAGAUCCAGCAAGACAGCAACAUCUCAGAGAUUUACUCCAGAGGCCUCCAUGGAGUGAAGGAAGUGGGGUUCAUGCUGGAGUAGUCCCUCAACCUAUGACCUCUCCUACAGGUCUUAGUGGAGAAUUUCGACCACCUCUUCCCCCAGCAGCACAAAUAGCCAAUGUGCGCAUGAGACCUAAUAUUGCUCCAGGUCAGUCAGCCAUGAUGAUUCCUCAAGGUGGGCAAAUGGACCACAGAUUUAGGAUGGUUUUUCAACGCAAUUUACAGCAACAGCCUCCACAGCGGCAGGGUGCUGUUAAUGGACGCAGCUCUGUGGAUGCCUUCAGCCAUGUAUCACAGCAAAGGCCACCGCAGCAGUAUUUGGGUGCUGCUGGACCUGGAGUACGUCCUGGAUUGACAAAUGUGGUAAGAGGUCCUGCAACAAAUAUUAUUGUAAGUCAGAGUAUGGGAUCUACCCAUUUACCUCCAGGUAGUGCUGUGAGAGUACCAGUUGUGUCUCCUACACACCUUCCUCAGUCACCAGCACAUCAGCUUGUAGCUGAACCUCAUCCAUCUAGUGUUCAUUCACAACCUCACCAUUCACCACAUCCUCAGUCACCUAACCUGCAGUCUCACUCACAGCCAGGUCAUUCACAACAGCCUCACAUGUCACAAGCUGAUCCACGAUUGCCUCAUCCACAGUUAUCUAAUCCUCCACAAACACAUCCUCAGCAGCCAGCUCAUACUCAGCCACGCCAUCCACAGCCACCUCAUUCUGAGCCACCACAUUCACAGCCACCCCAUACUCAGUCACCUCACCCACCAUUAUCCCACCAACAAGAAGCUCAACCACCACAGCAACAGCAGUCAGAAUCGGAGCUUCCUGAGGCAGUAACUCGAGAAUUGGAACAGUUGGAGGAAGAACAACAACAACAACAGCAACAGCAUCCAGCUCCCCAGCCACCCCCUCAGCCAGGGGCCCCAACCCACUCUUCAGCUCAGGGAGAUGAUUUGGAGGACCUUGCUCCCAGUGAUCUUACCAACAUGGAAGAUGAUGAUCUCUUGGGCAUGGGUGGAGACUUCAAUGCACUUCUGGAAUUUGCUGAUGGAGAAGAUGGAGAGGAGGACAAUGAAAAACUACCCUCCAACUUAUUUGAUGAUCUAGAUGCAGAUGAAGAGGAAAGACGAAAGAAAGAAAAAGGUAGGGAAGUAGUGUCAGGUCCUCGUGGCCCCCCUAAAGGCAAGGUUGGAGUGCCAGGUGUAGGUUCACCCUCUGCUGGCCCCCUGUCACACCCACAGUCCACCGUAGCACCUAGCCAAGGGCCCCAGCACCACACCACUGGUAGUGUCACUUUAGAUUGUGAUGCACAGCCCCAGGGUCCACAUCCAGCUCCAGCAAUAAACUCCAGUGUACAGCAAAGACCAGGACUCUCACCUGGCCCUACAGUGGGUCCAGUGCGACUAUCCAUGACCACCUCCCCACAGCAGCAACCAGUGCAACCUCAGAUGGCUCCUCAAAUUACUCAGACUACACCACGAAUUGCAAGUGUAGUUACAAGAAUGCUGGGUCCCAGAACAGGGCUACGUCAGCCUGCUGCACCUCCUCCACCUUAUCCUGGACAUCCACCACCUCCUUACCCACGCUCUCAAGUGAUGGUGAGUGAGGGUUUGAGGGGAUCAAUGGCAGGCAGUGUGGGCUCCCCUAUUGGGGUUGGGGGCCCCCCACCACUACCUAUGAUGCGGCCUAGCCCACACCACCCAACCAUGAUGGGUCCAGGACCCUCAGUGGUGAUGGGUGGGCCACGCUUGCCUCCACACAUGGCACAUGGUACCCCUGGAGGCCACCCACACCUGCCUACAGGGCCACCAGGUAUGGUGCCACUUGGGCCUGGUGGUCCACCUGUUCCUCAUGGUCUUCAUGGUCCACCUGGUCAUCAUGGACCACAUGGGCCUCAUGGUCCACAUGGUCCUCAUGGGCCAUCUGGUCCUCAUGGUCCACCUGGUCCCCAUGGACCAUCUGGUCUUCAUGGCCCACCUGGCCCUCAUGGUUCACCUGGUCCCCAUGGCCCAUCUGGCCCCCAUGGUCCACCUGGCCCUCAUGGUCCACCUGGCCCUCAUGGCCCAAUGCUGCCGCCACAGCCACACAGGCGACCACUACUACUGCAGGAGCAGCCAUUGUUAAUAGAAGAUCUACUAGAACAAGAAAAACUGGAGCAAAUGAAGCAGCAGAAAGCCAGCCAUCAGCAGGAGCCCAUUGGUCCAGUAGACCUCAACCUUAGUGAUAUGGAAUACGAGAAGCUCAAAGCUGAUGUUCUUUCUGUAGGAAAUCCUCCAGUUGGAUUACCAUCAGUACCAGGUGGGCAAGUGUUGAGUAAUAAUGGUGUGAGACAGCCCUUCCAGCGUGUAGCAGGUGCUCCUCCCCCAACCUCCACCCAGUCCCCCCAUCAAGUUCCAGGACCUGCUCAACCCAUGACUCGUCCUGUACGACCACAGGGUGACCCUGGCAUGCAUCCUGCUUUGUUACAAGCAGUUGGAUCACGUGGAACUGGUUCAUCAACACCAGGAACGGUGAACAUUAAGACACUUCCUCCACCUCCACUCCCUCCCGAUAACCCUCAGACUGAUGCUGAAAGACAACAACAGAGUCAGUAUGAACACUGGUUAAAACAACAACACAACCUCAUAACCACACAGCAGAGAUAUUAUGAAGCUGAAAUAACAAAACUUCGAAAGCAACGAAAAAAUUUAAAUAGCCGUCUGAGAACAUUGAAGAAAAAUGGUCAGGGGCUAAAUGAACAUGAUGCUGCAGAGCUUGCCCGUGUGCAGAGGGAAGCAUCAGCAAUUCAGCGACAUUUAGAACAGUGUCGCAAGUCUGCUAGGCAACAUGCCAUGAUUAUGCAGGAAUACAAUAACAAGAAAAGAAAUAGACCAUCUCAUAUAAUGAACACUCAAGGUGGGGUGAUGAAUACAUCUCAAGGCACCAUGAUGACUGGGACUUCACCUGUAGGUCCAGCAGGGUCAUCACCAAUGCAUUCCACUCCACAGAGUCCUCUCAUGUCUCCCUCACCAUCGUCACAACCAGGGAUGGGAUUAAGUCCUAUGGUACCCUCCCCUCACACACCAGUUGCAUCCCCUAAUCCCACAAUAGUGCCACAGCAUUCUCCUCAUGCCAUGGUUGUUCCAGGUCCUCAUCCGUCCCCUGGUGAAUCACCUUUCAGUCCACAAACUCGCAUGCCGUCUCCAGGAGGUGGCUAUCCUGACCAAGGUCCACGAGCUGCCUACUCAGGAACCUCCCAAGGCAUGACACAUCACAUGAUGGCUCCCCAAAUGCGUGUCAGAAUGCCUGUCCACAGCCCAGGUACACAGACAGUACAGCCAAGCCAGAUCUCCCCUCACAUGAUGGGGGUAAGAUCACCAUAUCCCCAAGCUGGAGUUAUAAUGCCUCAAGGUCAAGGAGCUCCUAUGAUGAUGAGGCAUCAAUACCCUCAGGGUGUUAUGCCUUUAAGGAGACCAUCUGGAUCAGGGCCAGUUCCUAGUCCAGGUUCUUCUGGGCCAAUCCCAAGCCCAGGUGGCCCUGUCCAGAGUCCCAUUAGUGGUGGUAUGGCUAUGAAACCAAGUCCUGUCCAUAGUGGUCUGAAAAGCCCUGUCCCUUUGGCUAGUCCCAGUCCUGGUGGACCAGUUGCCAGUCCAGUAUCUGGAAGUAUGGCAAUGAAGCCUAGUCCAGUCCAUAGUGGGUUAAGGAGUCCUGUACCCCUUGCAAGUCCACAGAUGCAGCCCCUUAGUUCUGAAAAUCCAAGUACUCCUUUAACUCCUCGAAGCAUCAGUGCAGGAGAAAUAAUUGGCACACCACAGACUCCUCACAGUGAUCUUGGAGGACCUGGUAGUAACAACAGUCAAGUUAACAGUCCUCAUCCAUCAAUACCAACACCAACUAGUGAUGCUGUACCAUCUCCUGUUUCCUGUUCAGCCUCUUCAACAUCUGCUUCAGUAGCAAGUGGAACACCAGCUGUUCAGAGGUCAGGUGGAGGAGGCAAUGCUAAUAAUCCAAAUAAUCCAGCUCCUCUUCCACCUUACAUAAGAUUUGGAUAUUUCAAGCUUGGAUUGAAAGGUGGUGCUAUUCUGAGAAGUCGCUGGGGACAUUUUAAGCUUGGUUUAAAGGGUGGAUCACCUGUUGGAGAUUUAGAAAAUAAACCACUCACUUCAACAUCAUGUUCUGAAGGAGCAGCAUCCCCAUCAACAAAUACAACAGCCAUUGUCAGUAGUGUCACUUCUUCAGUUGUUACAAGUACUCCAACAUCUAUAAAAACUGAAAGUGAGGGGGAUGAAGACAAGGAAGGUUUAGCCCAUGUUUUAAGUGAAAGUGUUAAAGGUCCUCCUGUAAGAAUGAUGGGAGGCACAUCCCGUGUAGGUACAGUAGCUUACCCAACCCCAGGUAUAGCCACAACCUCCAUGCCACCUCAUUUGCCUGUCACUGCCAAUAAAUUAGUUGUUCCAGAACCAGCAAAGUCUGAGAUUCCACCAUCUAGUAGACAUCAGGCAGUAAUUGGAAUUCCUGGUGGAGGAGCUAUUCCAUCUCAGAAUAACAUAUAUCCAAGUCAUACUGUAGCUGUUGCUCCUGGAAUUCGCAUACCAUCAAUUAAUGCUUCAGCCAACUACCCGUCAUCAACUACUGGGGCAGGGAGUGUAACCACAAGCACAAACAUGUUGAAUAUACCCAUAGGUACCUCUGGAAGUAUUGCCAGUAACUUGGUACCUCCUUCUAUUAUGUCUGUAACCUCUAGUGCCACACCUACAAGUUCAUCUUAUAACACUAAUGUGGUUCCAGUUGGUGUACCACCAGAUGAUGUUUCAACACAUAGCAGUAUUGUGAGUAUCAGUGACCAAGUAAGUGGCAUAACAAGUGGAUUGGCAAAUUUUCCAAGUACUGCCAGCCUGCCAUUAAGUUCAGUGUCUGCCAUGACACACACCACUCCAUCCCUUGGUCGCCCUCUGGUGAGUGUUCCAGUGCAACAGAUUGGUUCACCACAGAGACCUCUGCUGCAUAACCCAGUAACCACAACCAAUUCUCAACAGUUACGAACUCUUCCAUCAAUAGGACAUCUACAACCAGGCACAAGACCAUUCAGAACACAAGUGAUGGGAACCACUGUGUCACAGCCUGGGGUACAAGAUUCAGAGGGUCACCAUGUAGUAUCUCAACCACAAGUGAUGCAUCCAACCUUGACCCAAACAGUUGGAAUGUUAACUAAUAAUGUUCAUCAGCCAGUAGGACAACAAACUUGGAUUCAAACUUCUUCAGGCACUCUUCAUCAGGGUGGAGUUGUUAUACAGGGAGGAGUACAACAGGCUGUUGGAGUACGUAUGGUUGCACAACCCAUGAUGGUGCAACAGACUGUUGUACGGGGCAGCAAUGUGAUGGUACGUCCAUGUACCAGUGGUCCUGUUGCAGUGCAAGGGGGUGUUCGGAUGAUGAUGAUACAUGGGCAACCCGUACGCACUCCCUCUCCCCCCGUCACACGACCAGCAAUGAUGCCUCCACCAGCAGCAAAAUCUCCAGCAGGACAUUCUGCCAGUCCUGUGCCACGUGUAUCUCCUGCACCAUCUCCUCUAUUAAACCAUCCUUCACCACAUUCACCACAGAUUAAAGGUCAUUCACCUUCAAUGACCUCUCCAGCCCUUAGUCCUCAUAACACUCUUCCUACUCCUCCAAGCUUAAUCAAAAGAGAACCAGAUGAUGACCAUCCUGGCUCUUGCAGCACACCUAAUAUCACCCAUCCUAUUCCAGUUGCAACAUCCACCCCACAAGCCUUAGGCAGUCAACACAUGAUUGUCACUGGAGUGUCUUUACAGUCUCAGUUGUCUGUUAUGAAUCCCCAAGUAACUACUCAAAACUCUGAGACCUCAGGACAAAUAAAAUCAGAAGUAGUGAAUGAUGAUAUGAGCAAAGAUUCCUCAAAUGCAUUACUGAAACAGCUUCUAGAAAACACUGGUUGUGCUAAUCCCAUGCAGCAACCCUCCCAAGGCCAGUUGUUAUUAUUUAGAUCAUCUCAAGGACCUGUCUCUGUGCAGUCAUCUCAUCUAUCUCAAGUUGCUUCACAAGUACCAACUCCCAUAGUGAUACCUCGUAGUGCUGUGACAUCCUCAGGAGCUGUUUCACAUGCACCAGUACAGCAGACCACUAGCACUCCAGCUCUUGUGUCCCAGAAUAAUGAUAUGCAGCAGCUACAGCAGCAUUCACAACAGCCUCAGCCACAACCACAGUCACAGCAUGGUGUGAUCACACCAGGAAGUCAACCACAAUCCUUGGGUUCUAAUUCUCACAUGAUGCAGCGCUCAGUAGUUGUGUCAACUGGUGUUCACUCAUCACCUCAGGGGACUCACACUGUUAUUCUAGGUCAACAGCAACAAUUGGUCACUCAUUCUGGUACUCAUGUUAACCUUGGUCAUUCUGUGGCUCGUCCUGGUGUACCCUUUGUCAGUCAAGGCCAUCCAGUUCAGUUCAAUACUGCAUCUCACCCUUCUAGUCAGCAAGGUGUUGUCAGGCAGGUUACAACACAUCAAGUAAACCAUCCAGGUAUGAUUCCUUCCUCAGUUCAUCAUGUCAUCCAAGGUCAGCCUCCUCACCAAACAGUAGCUGUCAGUCAUUCAAGUCAUCCAGUGGGAGGUCAUCCCGUUACACCUGCUGCUCCUCAUAUGGUGGUUCAUCCUGGUGUUCGAGCCACACAUCCUGGGCAGCAGCACACUAUGGGUAAUGUUCAUCAACCAGGGACUCAUAUAAUCACAGGACCACGAGCCCCCAUGAGUACUCCACCUACACCUGCCAGUAUGACUGAUAGAGUGAAUAGUGAUCCUGGCCUCAAAACAGAGAUGAGAGUUAUGAUCCCAGAAACAGUAAUGGGUACAGGAACUAGUACAGGUGAGCACACACCCGAGAUGACAACCCCAAAUGAUGGAUCAGAUUCAUUGGAUCAUGAAGAGUUGAAAAAAGCCAAGAAGCGAGCUCAGCAGGCCAGAAGAAAAAGUCAGAGUAAAGAUGCAAAAGUACAACCAGCUAAACGUGCUAGACAAGGAUCUCGUGUUGAAGAAGAUUAUGAUGCAUACAUAGAAAGUGUCAUGCAACAGCUCAGAUCUAUGCCACCACUUACGAUCAUGGAACCAGAAGUUCCUAGAAAUUUUAAUUUAUGUCCAGUGUUUGGAAGUGGAGAUCUAUCAAAGCUUGGGAGGAGAGAUUACAAUCAUAGUCAAGGAAUUUUAGAAGGUACAGAAGGUAAUGCUACAAUAAAAAAUGUUACAGAUCACUAUAAUACACAGCCUUUUGGAGACAAAAUGCCCAUUGUCACUCCUGCAAAAACUGGACCAACUCAGCGUGGUUUUUACAUUCAUGAAUUUACCCCUCCCAAAAUAGGCCUUCCACUUGAUGAAUAUCAAGAAGGGGAUUUAGUUGGUGGCUCAAGUCGUUCAACACCAGCUCAGACUCCUACCAGAGAAGCAGAUUCACCUGAUACAGUUCUCAGUUCAUCCUCACCAGAAUGUAUACUCCCAGAAUCUCCCCUUCCUUUCAAAGGCUUAAAGCUCGUUGAUAUGGAUGAAGAUCCCCAAGAAGACCAGCGUGAUAGGUCCCUUUCUCCAGCAAUUCCUCUUCUUAUUCCAGUGCCAAUUCGGCCUGGCCGGUUUUCUUUCCUUUCUACACAGAACAAAGAAAAUAAAGAUAAUCCUGAGCUGGACAAAGAAAACAUUGACAGUCUUUCCAGCAUAACAAUGAAAAGUCGUAUUGGUCAAUCACCAGCACUGCCCCUGAAAGACAUGGGUAAUGUAACUGUCACUUUAACUCUCUCUUCACAGGCAGGGGAAGACGUAUCAGGAGUUUUGAGAUCUUUAGCAAAUCUCCUCAAUAUUCCUCCACCAUCAGCAUUCCACUUAGCUGACCGUCUUGAAGCACCCAAAAUACCAAGACUGUAUCGUCACAAACAGUUGAAAGAUGGGAAAGAACAAGUAGUAGACAUCCAGAGUAUCCUUAAUGGACAGGCUCGUUUCUGUCGUCAUUGUGAUGUAAUUAUUUUGAAUGAUAUGUUAUGCAAGAAAGUGAUGGAGUUGCCCUUCUUGAAUAAAGAAGAAUAUGGAAAUGUUGAAGAAGUUACAUUUUGCUCCCAGCAGUGUUAUAUACAGUUUGCAUUGUCUCAGCGCAUGCUCAUGGAUGAAAAAGUAAAACACGAAGGAACCAGUAGGCAUAUCAAGGUGAAAGACACCUUUGGAGACAUGAAAGGUUCCUCUCUUCCACCUGCAGGAGGCUUAUCUGAUUGGUCAAAGGAUGAUGACAUGGAUGAAGUGUUAAAAGUCCCUCAGCUUGAGGAUUCUUUGGUGAGAAGGCCAAACAAACACAAGCUUGUUGAUGACCACAACCAGUACCCAAAACAAGCUGAUGGGAAGCGGUUUCGGGGUCAUAAGUAUAAAUAUUGGACACCAACUGCCUUAACCUUGCCAGAAAAUUAUGAAAAACCCACUCCCAAGGAGAUGACAGACUUGUUGUUCCGUAUGGGAAUUACCUACAGGAAACCAAGACUACGAGAUGAUUCCCGUCAAUGUAUUUUAUGUAACUUGUAUGGAGAUUAUGUUGCAGAUGGUCCAUCAAGACUCCUCAAUUAUGAUGUAGAUAAGUGGAUUCAUCUUAACUGUGCUUUAUGGGCAGAAGAUGUCUAUGAAACCAUGAAUGGAGCACUGAUGAAUGUAGAAGCUGCUGUGAAAAAGGUGGCAUCAAGUGAAUGUGAGCACUGUCAGCAACCAGGAGCAUCUGUGAAAUGUUUCAAAGUGCGUUGCAGCAAGGUUUAUCAUUUGAAUUGUGCUGUGAAAGAAGGAUGCACCUUCUACAAGAACAAAACAGUAUAUUGCCAGGAACACAUCAACAAAGGAGAGAAGGACAAUGAACUUCUAACCUUAUCCGUCUUCCGUCGUGUAUUCAUUGAUCGUGAGGAGAACAGACAAGUUGCUUCAGUGAUGCACCAUGCAGACUUGAGCUAUGUGCUUAGAAUUGGCUCAUUAAUUCUCUUGGCAAUUGGACAACUUCUUCCCCACCAGUUACAAGCAUUCCACACCCCAUACUGCAUUUAUCCUGUUGGCUACCAAGUGAUCCGAUAUUAUUGGAGCAUGCGGCGUCUUCACAAGAGGUGUGCUUAUGAGUGUUCAAUUCAUGAUAAAGAUGGUCAGCCAGAAUUUCGUAUAAUAGUUAAAGAGGAUGGAUAUGAAGAUCAUGCAUUUGUGAGUUGCUCUCCAAAAGGUGUAUGGACUAAGGUUCUUGAGCCACUAGCAGAGUUGCGUCAGAAAGCAGAUGUUGUGAGGCUUUUUCCACAGUAUAUUAGUGGAGAGGACUUGUUUGGUCUCACUGAACCAGCCAUUGUACGUAUCUUAGAGUCCCUCCCUGGUAUAGAUACUCUGGCAGACUACAACUUCAAAUUUGGACGCAACCCAUUGUUUGAGCUUCCAUUAGCUGUGAACCCAAGUGGAUGUGCCCGAGCAGAACCUUUCACCAAGCUUCACCUCAAGAGAUACCAUGGUAUACGCACCAGUGCUGGAUCUGUUCGGACUAGCAGCAACUGCAGAGCAGCAGCUAGUGUGGCAAACCUUACAAUGGCAUAUGAUCCCUUUGUUCCAUACAGUAAACUUCACGUUCAUUCAAGAUCUUCUCAGUACAAGAAAAUGAAUAACGAGUGGAGAAGCUCAGUUUACUUAGCUAGGUCCAAGAUUCAAGGCCUGGGUCUGUAUGCAGCUCGAGACAUUGAGAAGAACACCAUGAUAAUUGAGUACAUUGGAGAGAUUAUUCGCUCAGAGCUUGCUGAGGUGCGUGAGAAGCGAUAUGAAGCACAGAAUCGUGGAAUUUACAUGUUUCGCCUUGACGAUCAGCGAGUGGUAGAUGCCACAGUGACUGGUGGUCUUGCUCGGUACAUCAACCAUUCCUGUGGCCCAAAUUGUUACACUGAAACAAUUGAGGUAGAAAGGGACAUGAAAAUUCUCAUAAUUUCAAAUAGAAAAAUUCUUAGAGGAGAAGAGCUGGCCUAUGAUUACAAAUUUGAUGAAGAGGAGGAUCACAAGAUACCAUGUCUUUGUGGUGCAGAAAAUUGCAGAAAAUGGAUGAAUUGAAGUCCAUAUAAAAGUACAAUGUCCACAGUGGACCUCAGUUUAUUAUUACCUAAAAAGACAUUUCCCUUUUUACACAGUUAUUGUUUUUUAGAUUAUUAUUAUUAUUAUUAUUAUUAUUAUUAUUAUUAUUAUUAUUAUUAUUAUUAUUAUUAUUAUUAUUAUUGUUAUUAUUAUUAUUAUCAUUAUCAUUAUUAUUAUUAUUAUUAUUAUUAUUAUUAUUAUCAUCAUCAUCAUCAUCAUCAUCAUAAUUAUUAUCAUUAUUAUUGCUAUAUUUUUUUCUUUUCUUUUUACUAAAAAAAAUUACUUUAUUAGUAUAUUUUAUAUUUUGUGUUUUAUUUUGACUUCAUGGGAUAGAUAAGUGUGAUAAUUAUUGUUUCAUUUAUUCAGUGAGUACUAGAUAACCUCUGUUAUCUUGCCAAAGCAUAGUUAUUAGACUUGUCACAAUGGACUCAAAAGAGUCUCUCUUCAGACCUUUGGAUAUUUAUUUUACAGUAUCUUAAUUUGUGCAAGAAUGUUAGUGUUAUUUAUAUAAACUUUAGUGUAUAUGCAUUAGCCUAAAUACAGAUGUACACAAAUGGCUUCAGUGAGCUUUUUGAAUGAUUGUGUGCAAGUAAUUGCUUGUGUAAGGAACUGCUCAUGCAUGUGAGAAUACCUGAAUGAUUGGACUUCAUUCGUAUUCUUUUUUUUUUUUUUUUUUUUUUUUUUUUUUUUUUUUUUUUUUUAGGAGUGAUGUUUGUGUUGAUGAAUGUGGUAAAAUAUGAGUUUAAGGCAGUCUCCCAACAGGAUCUGCUAGCAAUGGGGUCAGUUAUUUGUAAAAUGUUCAAAGGUUUUUUGAAUUUAAUACAGUAAUAUUUAAGACACUGGUUUGUACUAAUGUUGCUCAUUUUCAACUUAGGUGAAGUUCAGUAGGCAUUGCUGGGCAGGAUCUGAAAAGCCAAGUAAGUGCCUUGUGCAAAAAAAAAAAAAAAAAAAAAAAAAAAAAAAAAAAAAAAAUCAGCUUUCCAAGUCAGGGAUUGGACUCAAUAAUUUUGUGGCUAAAGUGCAGUUCCGUCAGAAAAGUUAUGAUAAUUAAUGGUUUAUGUUAAACUGGUCCAGCUUUCCAGUAUGUGACUUGAGUGGCCUAAUAAUGUUCUUCCAUUGCUGUUGUGAAUACAUAAUACCUUCAUCAGCACUAGAUUGUGUGUGACUAAAUUAAUAAUGAGAAUUGAAAGAUGGCCUAGUUUUUACAAACUGAAAAUUGUUUUGAUGUAAAACUAACAUUUCUAUUAGUAUGAAAUCUAUUUUCUCACCAGCAGUCAAAGGCUAUCUUUGUCUGCCUUUUCAUAAACUUGUAUCUGCCAGUUUCCCAGUUCAUGUAUGAUGUUAUAGUCUAAGUAAGAAGACAACUGAUAGUGCUUAAGUCAAAUUGGACAGUGAUCAGAGCUCAUGGGAGGACUAUGUUGGAUUAGAAUGAUUGUUUUGAAUCAUAAUUUCCUGAAUUGUGUAUGUAUAUUGAGCUUGCAGAAUAUAAAGUACUCUCCAUGCAAGCAUCUGGUGUAUGGAUAAUAGUAACAGUCAUUAUUCAAGUGAAUAUUUAUGGUUGACAAAGAUGUUUACCUGAGUUUUAUCACAUAUAACUUGAUGAUGAUUCUGAAAUCCUUCAUAUCAGAGUGAAUUUUUAAAUAAUGAUUAUUGUAUUCUUUGUAUAUGAUGUUGGUAAGGGACAAAAAUAAAUCAGUGAAGCUAUCUCAGUAAGAAUCUGCAGCUGAUUGCCUGAUGUUAUUAUUAUUUCAGUGUUUAGAUUUUAUAACUUUUUUUAUUUUCUUUCCAUAACUCCCUUUUUAAUUUUCUAUCCAGACAUAGUUGGACAAGUAUGCCAAAGCAAUUAAGAUAUCACUCUGUAUUUUUUUUUUUUUUUUUCUCUCUCCCCUCCAUAAUAUUAAGUUGUAAUUUUUAAUGUAAUUUAUACUUCCCUUCAUAUAUUUUAGUUAAACUUAAGGUGUUUUAGAUAGUUUAUUAAUAGAUAUUCCUAUUUUUAUCUGUUCAGUUUUUACAUUACUGUAAAGAAAAAUUGUGGGAUUGCUGACAUCCUUGUGAAACUUGCAAUAAGAUGAUUAAUGAAUUAUGCAUUUAAAGCUUUAAAAAUAUAUUCAUAAAAAAAAAAUUAAGUUCCAUGACUUGAAUAAAAGAAUAAAAACAUUUCUCAGAGAUGAUUGCAAGUUGCUAGAUAAAUGUUGUUUUGAUAACCAAGUACUGUAUUAAGUCUCUCACUGCUCCCACAUACAAGUGAUGUUCCCACCUUACACAAAUGUAUAAUGUCAAAUAUUAAGUAUUAUGCAUAUCUUCUUGAGUUAAAAGAUUCUAAACAUACAUAUAGAUUUGUAUAAUGUAAGUAUCCCAAGCAUUCUCAUGUUUGAUGUGCAUUGUCAAGAGCCUCUGUGGUUCAUGGAUGUACUAAUGUUCAUGUUGGACUCUGGAGCUGAACAAUGUCGAUAUGUAUAUAAAAUUGUUGAAUACAGUCAUUAAAUCAUUUUUCAUUUAA